CGGAAUUUUUAAAAAGUCAGCGUGAUAUAAAUUCCAAAACUGAAAGUUUAAACUCAUUAUACAUGUUUUAAAAGCCCAAUAUUGUCAAAUAAGAAUUAUGUAUUGCAGAAUUGGUCGCUUGCAAAAAUUAAACAGUCUUUCGAUUAAAACGGAUGUGGACUUCUCCAUUUUCCUGCCGCUUAAGUAAUCAAAAGUCGGCUACAAAUUUUGCUAUUGACACUUUUUCCUCAAUGAAGCACGCAUCUGCAGACUUUGGAUCAGUCGUCUCGUCGCUGCUUUGAUUGCAGAAGCGGUCGGAAAUCGGAGACGGGUAGUGCAAAAAGUAUAAGUAAGUUCAUGACGACUAAUAAAUACCUCGCAGCAAAUAAUACACGUUUGACUGAACUCUGGAGUCAACAAGAUUGGCUUUUUUCAAACGGGAGAAAUUGAAAUGCUUUCUACGAAGACUUACAACUGAACUAAGCAAUAGAGAAGGAAUUGCUGAGCUACUAAGAGAAUAAAAAAAAACUCAUGAGCUAAACAUAUUUAAAUUAUUCAACGUUUCCUAAGCUCUGUGUAUUAAAUAUAGGAUGAUACAAUUUGUACACAGUAUAGAUUAUUGAAUAGAGAACAAUUCUGCAUUAAUAAAUCACAAAUCGUAUUUUUCGACAUAUGUCGCUUUCAGUAAAUGAGAAUUAUGUGAUGAGCUCAGAUUUGUUAAAGUCAAUAUACCCAGAACUCUGUUUCUGAGGGUAUAUCCAAGCUGGCGCUGCUGCUCCAAUUCGCUGUGCCAUUCAGUCGCUCAAGACCCGGUGGAGUAGCUGGGCAAGGCUUACGAUGUCGAGUCCCAAGGAGCACGAGUCCCAUGGACCGAAGACGGGUGCCAUGUCCAGGACUCAGCAGUAUCGCAAGGUGCUGAAGCCACUGCUGGAGAGGAAGAGAAGGGCUCGCAUCAACCGCUGCGUCGAGGAUCUGAAGAACCUGCUCAUGGAGGUGAUCCAUAUGGACUCUGAAGCCAUGGCCAGAAUGGAGAAGGCUGACAUCCUGGAGCUGACCGUUCAUCACCUGCACAGGCAGCGCCCUUCUGCGGCCACGCCCACCACGACCAAUACGCCCUCUGUCUGCGAACCUCUGAACGAGCAAAUAGCCACAGAGCGAUACUGGAGCGGUUUUCGGCAGUGCGUCCUGGAAGUGUCCCGCUUUUUGCAGCGCAACAACUGCCAGCUGAACUCCAAGUUCGUUGAGGAAAUGGAGCAGCUUGUGCCCUUCGAACAACUCUUCUGGCGGCCUUGGUAGCCAUUGCGGGUACUUUCCGCAGAAGUUCCUUACCUCACCAUUUUACAAUGGACCUAACCACAUGUUUGCUCUGGUCUAGUUAAGUUAAUAUUUAGUUUAGCAAGUAGCUCUACAAUCCUCAAUAUGCACUUUAGUCAGAUUCCCUAAAGGGGACAUUAAAUAAAACUUCAAAAUCGA